AUGACGGGAAGACAGCCUGGAAACCAUCCACAAUACCCAUACUACCCCACCCAAAACAGCAACCCAAACCCAUAUCCAAAUCGAUGGCCACCACCACCCCAGUUAACACGCGAACAACACUUAGAGAACCAACGAAGGAGCGAAGAAAGAAGACGAAGAUAUCAAGAAUCUCUGCCAGCACCCCAUGAACGUCACAGGCCACAACGACACCACGAGGAGCAGAGAAGAUACAACCACGAGAUACAACAACAAAAUCAACUCAAAAAACAGCAAGAGAAAGAAGAGAGACAACGAAAGCACCAAGAGAAACAACAUCAAGAACAACUAGCUAAACAAGAGAGGAAACGUCAAAACGAAUUAAAACAACAGCAGCAAAAAGAAGAGAGAGAACGAAAACAACAAGAGAGACAAGAGCAACAAAAACUAGAGAAACAAGAGAGGCAACGUCAAAAUCAACUCAAACAACAGCAAGAAAAGGAAGAGAGACAACGAAAACAACAACUAGAGAGACAAGAGAAGCAGCAUCAAAAUCAAAUCAAACAACAGCAAGAAAAAGAAGAGAGACAACGAAAACAACAACUAGAAAAACAAGAGAGGCAACGUCAAAAUCAACUCAAACAACAACAGAAACAACAACAAGAACUAGAAAGGCAACGUCAAAAUCAAAUCCUUCAAAAACAGAAACAAGAACAAGAACGACUAGCACGAGAAGAAGCCCGGAAACCAAAGCCUCCCCCGCCGCCUCCUUAUGAUAAAGAGCUCGAUGAACAUUAUUAUCAUGUUGAUCAGCUCCUCGAUCGUACCGGUCCACUGGCCAAUUCUUCCUUCGUGACCGGUGCCGCGCCCAAAGAUCUCAUGCGGAAGACUUGUAAGAUCCUUGUCAUUGGAGCUGGUGGACUAGGCUGCGAAAUCCUACAGAAUUUAGCUCUGCUCGGGUUCGCAGACAUUCAUGUCAUCGACAUGGAUACUAUCGACAUCAGUAACUUGAAUCGACAGUUCCUGUUUCGUGAAAAGGAUAUUGGCCAGCCCAAAGCUGAAGUAGCGGCGAAAUUCAUAAUGGCACGAGUACCCCAAGUGAAAGUAACGCCGCAUUACUGCAAGAUCCAAGACAAGGACGAUGCAUUUUAUAUGAUGUUCAACUUGGUAGUAUGUGGCCUAGAUUCUGUCGAAGCGCGACGCUGGAUCAAUGCUACGCUGGUGAACCUCGUCGAUCCGGAGAACCCGGAGAGCUUGAAGCCAUUGAUUGAUGGCGGCACCGAAGGCAUGCUCGAGGGCGAUGACAUAGGCUUCAAGGGCCAAUCCAGAGUGAUUUUGCCUACGAUCACUUCCUGCUACGAGUGUUCUUUGGACAUGCUGACCCCGCAAACAGUCUUUCCUAUCUGCACGAUCGCUAACACUCCUCGAUUGCCUGAACAUUGUAUCGAGUGGGCUAGUGUUUUAGAAUGGCCUCGGGUCUUCAAAGAUAAAGAGUUGAAUAACGAUAACCCAGAUCAUAUUCAAUGGCUCUUCGAACAAGCUUCGGUGCGCGCAAAAGAGCAUGAUAUCAGUGGGGUCACUUGGAGUCUCACUCAAGGCGUCAUCAAAAAUAUCAUCCCGGCUAUCGCCAGUACUAACGCUAUCAUUGCUGGGAGUUGUUGUAACAAAGCUUUUAAGAUCGCUACGACCUGUGCUCCUUAUCUCCAAAACUACAUCUUCCAACACGAGAAGAAGCCCGAUUGUCCUGUUUGUGGGGGCGAGUCAGCACAGAUCUCGGUCAGUAAGGAUUGGUUCUUACAACAGUUGGUCGAUUAUUUGAUCGAAAGACCCGACUUUCAAAUCAAACACCCCUCAUUAUCGACUCCCAAAGGACCGCUCUUCUUUCAAGGUCCACCAGAACUAAGAAAGUCGACCGAAGAUAACCUGACAAAGAAAUUGAUCGAUCUGUUUCCUGAUCAUCUUACUCCAGAAUCCGAUGGGAUCCAAAUAACCGUCACUGAUUCUAGCUUGCCUUUUAAACUCAACUUACUUGUAAAACUUCAAUAA